AUGGAAGUUAUAGAAGAAACACCUGAAUUAAACUCAUCUAUUGAUCAAGAAACACCUGAAUUAAACUCAUCUAUUGAUCAAGUAAAAAACAACGUUGUUAUCGAAGAAACUGUAGAAUGCAUACGACAGGAUGUGUGUCACAAAUCGAACGGUGUCAUCGAUAUGCGUAAAGCUGGACUGGCUGAAGAAGAUAAUGAAAUAACAAAAAUGGUAAUUACACAAGAAAGCGUCGAAUUGAUGGAAUAA